CUCUUAACCUCAAUAACACAUACAGUAUGACACAGCAUAAUACACCUGUGUAAAAUGGGUGUGAAGUUCACAUAAAAAGCACAGGUAGGGUGACCAGAAGCAGCUUGAUAACCAUAAGAACAUGGCAGCAGUGAAAGCAUGCAAUAUCCUGAUCACAGGAGCCAACCGGGGCUUGGGCUUAGAAAUGGUUAAGCAACUCUCUGAGGGUUCUUGUCAAAAACAUAUUUUCGCUACCUGCCGUGACCCAGAUGGGCCAAAGUCUGAGGCACUGAGAGAACUGGCGAAAAAGCAUCCAAGUGUGAUCACUAUCAUACGUCUUGAUGCUGAUGAUCCAUGCAGUAUCAAAGAGUCUGCCAAGAAAGUGGGUUCUCUUGUGGGAAAGAACGGCUUGAACCUGCUUGUGAAUAAUGCUGCGAUCAUGAUAAAUGGCACCGUUCUGACCAGCCGUGUUGAGGACAUGAACAACUCCUUCAACACUAACGUGAUAGGACCCUUACUGAUCAUUAGGGAGUACCUACCGAUUCUACAAACAGCGGCCAAAGCCAGUGGGACACCAGGCAUGUCCUGUAAUAAAGCAGCUGUCAUCAAUAUCUCCACUGUGGCGGGGUCCAUGACCAGAAUGCCUUCCAUGUACAAAUUUUUCCCAACGUUGUCAUAUGCUGUGAGCAAGGCAGGAUUUAACAUGCUGACAGUGUUGGCUGCUGAGGAGUUAAAGCCGAGUGAGAUCCUCUGCAUGGCCCUUCAUCCAGGAUGGGUGAGGACUGAACUAGGUGGAGAAAAGGCAACACUUGAACCAAAAGAAAGCGUGGAAGGGAUGUUCCGUGUCAUUGGCAGCCUUACUGAGAAGCAGCACGGCGGAUUCUUGGACUACACUGGAGAAACAUUGCCCUGGUAAAACAGAGGAACAAAAUUUCUCCAAUCAUCAAAAGGCUGAUCCAGAUGCCAUAUUUUUACCCCGUUUUUAAAUGUAAAACACUUCAAAUCAACAUGGGAUCUAACAGCUCAAUCUCAAUUUAAGAGCAAAUUUUGAAUCCCUAUAAUCUCAGUAAAUCAAAUAAAUGUUGUGUGUAAAAUUAUUAACCUCUAUACACUGUCCAUUUAGAAGGAAAUACCUUUGAAAGUGAUGCAAGUUGGAGAUCAAGAAGAAUCUCCCAUAUUUACUCACAACUGUCAAGUUUAAGAGUGAGUCUAGACGUUAGCCUGUGCUGUUGUGAAUCACGUGGCCUGAGUUUCCUAUUUCCACAACUGCAAACGAUGCAACCCUUCACUUGGCGGAGGUCUCCGCCAUGAGGCUGCUGUUCCUCGUGGCCUUUGAUUCAUGCGGGUCAAACUGUCACUGUCUGCGUUGUUUAUUCUUGACACAUUCACUCUGACAUGAACCACAGAAGAGUGUAUUUCCUGUGUUUCAACUCAAGUCAAGUCACCUUUAUAGCGCUUUAUUCAAUACAGAUUGUUUCAAAGCAGCUUUACAGGAAUAAACAGCACUGCAAUGAUGCAUGA